GCAAGGUGCUUAUUAAACUGAUGUGUCCUCCUGUCUGCGGUGCCGGGAGCUCAGCAGAGUGAAAGGACGCGGGGCAGCUGCAGGAGCGGAUUCGGACUCAAAAGCACCGGGACUUUUCUCACGCCAAGUUUUCUGCUCUGCUGUAAACAAAACAACAACAAAAAAGAGGAACAACAAAAUGGCAAGUUCUGCCUCUGUGGAGACCGUGAUGUCUUGCGGGAGGACCGGACCCUCCGCGGCUCCAAAGACCCUGGCCUUCUCCAUAGACCGGAUCAUGUCCAAGAGCUCGGAGCCGAAGGGGAGCGCGGAGGAGCGGGCGGAGGGGAAGAAGCUGCUCGGGCUCUGCUCCCCGAUCCCCUGCAUGAUCCCGCUGCAGCCCUUCAGCUACGACCUGCAAGCCAAGGCGCUGAUGAACUACUCGGAGUUGUGGAGAGCCAGUUUCAGGGGCACUUUUUGCGGUUCCGCGGCCGCUCCGUGCAAAGGGAACUGCGGCAUGUGCGGCAAAGUGGAGUCGGGUUUGAAGCAGCCGCUGCUGAGUUCGGGGAGCAGGGUGGUGAAGCCGCAGGUGAUCCACCAGGCCGUGGCCGUGCCAAGCGCCGGCUCGCUCUACUACCUGAACUACCUGGACUCUGCGUACCAGCAGUCGGAGCUGCUGGCCGGACACUGGUUCUCCAGCUCGCAGGCGCAGGCCUCGCUGUCCGCGCAUCACAGACUCUUGCUGCUGGAGAACGCCAAGCUGGCCGGUGUGGGGAGCGAGAAGCUACCCACUCCGCAGUACCCGCACAAGGAACAUCUGCCCGGGCAGCUGGACCAGAUCGUGAAGGAGAACCACGGCCUGAGCGCGGAGAAGAACGGCGUCAAGACGCACAGCAAACUGAGCAGCAGCCCCGCGGACGGAAAACCAAAAAACUUUACGUGUGAAGUCUGUGGAAAGGUUUUUAACGCGCAUUACAAUCUGACCAGACACAUGCCGGUGCACACCGGGGCUCGGCCCUUCGUCUGCAAAGUGUGCGGGAAAGGAUUCCGUCAGGCCAGCACGCUGUGCAGACACAAGAUCAUCCACACGCAGGAAAAGCCUCAUAAAUGCAACCAGUGCGGGAAGGCGUUCAACAGAAGCUCCACGCUCAACACUCACGUACGGAUCCACGCCGGGUACAAACCUUUCGUCUGCGAGUUUUGCGGGAAAGGUUUCCACCAGAAAGGAAACUACAAGAACCACAAGUUGACGCACAGCGGGGAGAAGCAGUACAAGUGCUCCAUCUGCAACAAGGCCUUCCACCAGGUCUACAACCUGACCUUCCACAUGCACACGCACAACGACAAGAAGCCCUUCACCUGCGCCACCUGCGGCAAGGGCUUCUGCCGCAACUUUGACCUGAAGAAGCACAUCAGGAAGCUGCACGACAACAACGUGUUCAGCGCGGCCAAAGAGGCCUCCAGAGAGCUGCAGAGCUGAGGGUCACUGCUGCUGCUAAUGUCCCAGAAUGCAUUUCAUUUAUUCCACCUGCAGGCUAAAGGAGGCCACAAAAAAAAACAAAAAAAAAAACAGACUGGCCCACGGCCCGCUUUUUGUAGCCUGGAUGGACAAGUGUUUUAAAAGCCUAGCACAGGUGGAAUAUUCUGGUAAUAUGUGUCCCAGCAUGCACCUCUGCAGGGGGUCACAGAGCGGACCAGAAGACUACAACAACACGUACACUUAACGCACACUAUAGGAAUAUAAAAGGGGAUUGUUCUCUUCCUGCACAGUCACAAGCAUCACACAGGGGGAGGCGCCGUCCGUCUCCACGAUGGACGUGUAAAUAAUAGGCUAUGGAAAUAAAAGAAUGUUAUUUAAAAUGUGAAUCAUCGCCAUGUUGUGUAUCUCACAGACAAAAAUGUUAAUGUGAAUAAGUUAUAACUUAUAAUGAAAAAUGAAUGUUCGAGCCAUGUCGUUUUCUUUUUUGUUUUUGUU